AGGAAUCAUAUCCUACGAGGCAUUGAAAUCUUAGAAAGCCUUUCGUGUAUACGCUUUCAAGAAGCCACAGCAGAGCAGACAUAUUACGUCAACAUCACUGGCAAUGAUGGCGGGUGCUACUCAAGCAUUAGUUGGUUGAAUGGCAUUCAAUAUUAUAAUCUUCAACAUUAUCCUCUUGAUACGGGCUGCUUCCGUCUCGGCACAAUUGUACAUGAAUUCCUGCAUACACUUGGCUUCUUUCACAUGCAGAGCGCUGCAAAUCGUGAUGAAUACGUACGUAUCGAUUUCGAUAACAUACAAGAGGGUAUGGAGUUUAACUUCGAGAAAUAUGACGAAGACUAUAUAGAUGAUUACGAGGAGGAAUACGACUAUGGAAGUAUAUUACACUAUCACGAAUAUGCAUUCUCAGUGAAUGGCGAAAAAACUAUUAUUCCAUUGAAAAAUGAAGGGGCUGUAAUAGGUCAACGACGGGGCAUGAGCAACAGUGAUAUCAAUAAAUUGAAUACAAUGUAUCGCUGUCCGAUAAAGGUUUAGAGAGAAACGUUCUUUGAAUGAUUAAAAAGGUGUUAUUUGUAAUUGGUCAAAGUGCAAUGUGA